GGAGGCGGCCACCACGACGAGCCUGCGCCAGGGCCAGCGGGGGAGCUGGAGUGCGCGGUCAGCGGGGGCAGCGGAGCGGAGGCGCUCUCAUGGAGGAUAGGCGGAAUGUUCGGGAUUCUCGUGUGCAGCUUAAUCGGCUUCGCAUUACCUUUCCUUCUCCGGAAGCAGCACCGAUCGAUCCUCUUCUUCUUCCGGACAUUCGCGGCGGGCGUCGUGCUCGCUGUCGCGAUCGUCCACAUAUUUCCAGGAGCACAAGCGGCGCUGUCCAAUCCUUGCCUGGGCUUUGCGGAAUCAUUUCCAUGGGCGUCCGUUUUCGUUCUCUACGCGGCCCUCAUUUCUUUCGUGGUGGAGUGUUACUUGAAGAAGGUUCUUCUAAGAUCGCUUCAGUCUAAUAACGAGAAAAAACAUGCACCAGCAGAGGGCGAGUGCAUAGAGUGCGGGUUGAACACAGAAGAGGAUGAGAAGGCACUCAUCGUCAGUGGUUACUGUGCAACGUCAUAUACACUCGAAGCUGGAAUCAUUUUCCAUUCUAUAUUCAUUGGAAUCGCCCUUGGAACAACACAAGACAUUGAGGAGAUCCAAAGUCUCGUCAUCGCCCUCAUGUUCCAUCAGGGAUUUGAGGGCAUCAGCCUUGGCACAACACUCAUCCCCUGCCAGUUCUCCAAGCUCAAAACAAUCAUCAUGGGGCUCCUCUUUGCCCUCACAACACCCAUCGGUGUCGUCAUUGGCCUCGCAAUCUAUUCCUCCUACAACCCUGCUAGCAAGGCUGCUCUGGCUACAGAGGGUGCUUUCAAUGCCAUCUCUGCCGGUAUCCUCAUUUAUAACGGCCUUGUUGACCUCAUAGUGCCUGCGUUCGAUGAGAGUGAUGAGGGUACACCCAAGUCUCCGGUGCUGUACUUCCUCGGGUUUGUGUCGCUCUUCUUGGGUGCAUUCUCCAUGUGCUUGCUUGCGCUCUGGGCGUGA